AUGGUCCACGCAACUCUCCUCGUAGCUGCUCUCCUUCCCCUCGCCGCCCACGCGGCCAACGACUGGACGAAGCCAUGCUUCGGUGAAUGUAACUGGGAUAUCGACACCGACACCGGCUCGGGGACCGUCCGCUUGGUCGGUUCUUCGAACGGCAUUUCGGACAUCACCACCGCCGCCGGUUGGGAGAUCCUCGACUGCAACGCGACCGCGACGAACCAGGACAUCCGUCUCGUCUGCGCCGACGAGUCCGCCGGCUGCGACCACCUCGCACAGAACGGCGCGGCGGGCACGAUCGUCCGUCUCCCCAAGUCGUGCGGCUCGAUGCCGUUCGCGGUCGUCGGGCGCGAGUGGACCCACGCGAACCAGACGAUCCCCUCUACGCUCGCCAAGCGCAUCGCCCGCCGCGACGGCAGCAAGCCGACCGUCAAGGGCAUCGCGCUCUCGACCGACUUCGCGUCCCUGGACUCGAACACGCACGGCAACGUCAGCUUCUUCAUCCAGGGCGCGUCCGUCCCGGGUCACGCCAAGACGUUCGCCGUCGAGCCGCCCACUGGCAGCGGUGACCUCGCGAAGCGCGGCCUGUUCGACUGGGUGACUGACACCCUGAGCAACCUGAACACGUUCGACAAGAACGUCACGAACAGCAGCCCGAUCAACUUCGAGAAGAACUCGCCGUUGUUCGACACGAGCAUCGACUGCCCGGCGGUCGGUUCGAUCCCCGCGUUCUCCGGCUCCGCGCACGUCGACAUCGACGGCAAGGUCGACGGGAACGUCAACUACGGUGUCGCGCUCGCCGGCUCGAUCGUCCCGCCCAGCGUCGACAAGUUCGGUCUCUUCGUCAACCUGGACACGACCGUGACCGGCACCGUCAACCUCGCCGCCUCGCUCGCGGGCUCGAUCGGCACGGGCAAGAUCUCGCUCUUCCAGGUCGGCAUCCCGGGCCUCGACGUGCCCGAGAUCUUCUCGCUCGGCCCCACCUUCGAGGUCUUCGGCUCGGCGGACGUGACCCUGGACGCGAACGUGAACACCGCGGUCGACAUCGACUACACCGUCUCCGGCGCGCAGCUCUUCUUCCCGCCCGGCACCGGCAACGGCGGCGGCUCCUUCGUCCCGGGCGACUCCAACGUGAAGCUCUCCGCGUCGCCCGACGUGACCUCGAACGGGAAGCUCGAGGCGCACCUGAUCCCGACGCUCGCCUUCGGCGUGAACCUGCUCGCGGGCAAGGCGAAGGCGAACAUCAACCUCGCCGUCGACGGCAACGCCGCGGUCGACCUCUCGCUCUCCGCCUCGGCGACCAAGUCGACGGACGCGACCGCGAACACCUCCGACUUCGGCGGCUGCGUCGACAUCACCUCCGGCCUCGACGUCUCCGCCGGCGCGGACGGCUCGCUCUUCAGCCUGUUCAACAAGGACGCGAGCGUGAGCCUGUUCAGCAAGAACUUCGACCUCUUCAAGAAGUGCUUCGGCUCCUCCGCCGCGCGCCGCGCGUACACCGGCCGCUCCGCGCUCGCCGCGAUGGUGCAGAAGCGCGCCGCGCUCACCUGCCCGACCACCGCGCUCGCGUCCGCGGCGAGCGUCGUCGAGGAGAAGGUCCUCGCCGCCGCGAUCAAGAAGUAG